ACACAGCCUCGGGUUACGACUAACGACCAGUGUAUCAACCACACAAACACCAGCUAGCGACCCCCAAAAAGUCUCAAGCUUAGCUUGCUCGAUCUAUCAUUGUCUCAGCAAGACAGCAACCAGCUGAACCAAGAAAGCAGAACACGUACUGUUGAUUGAUUCAGGCGAAGAGCCAACUUGUUCGAUCCAGUGGCGAUGGGUAAUUUCGUGUGGAUGGUGGCGGCGGCGGCGGCGGCGGUGGCGUCGUGGGCGUUCAUCGCGGUGGUGGUGAAGCUGGUGUGGAGGCCCCGCGCCAUCAGCAGGCGGCUGCGGGCGCAGGCCGUCGGCGGGCCGGGAUACAGGUUCUUCUCCGGCAACCUCGGCGAGAUCAGGCGUCUCCGCGCCGAGGGCGCCGGCGUCGUGCUCGACGUCUCCUCCCAUGACUUCGUCCCCAUCGUGCAGCCGCACUUCCGCAAAUGGGUUUCCCUCUACGGGAAGACGUUCUUGUUCUGGUUCGGGGCACAACCGAACAUAUGCUUGGCGGAUAUAAACAUUGUGAGGCAGGUGUUGUCGGACCGUACGGGGAUGUACCCUAAGGACUUAACUAACCCAUACUUCGCACACCUACUUGGCAAAGGGCUUGUGCUCAUCGAUGGCGACGAGUGGAAACGCCACUACAAGGUGGUCCACCCAGCCUUCGACAUGGACAAGCUCAAGAUGAUGACGGUGACCAUAUCUGACUGCACCGGGUCAAUGAUGUCUGAGUGGGAGUCUGAGUUGGGGAUGAAAGGUGGAAGCGCGGAGAUUGAACUGAGUCAGCGGUUUCAAGAGCUCACUGCUGACGUGAUCUCGCGCACGGCGUUUGGGAGCAGCUAUAGUGAGGGGAAGCAGGUCUUCCUGGCACAAAGGAAACUCCAGUUUCUUGCCUUCUCCAUGUUUCUCACCAUCCAAAUCCCAGGGUUCCGCUACCUUCCAACUAAAAAAAACCUAAAGAUAUGGUCACUAGACAAGAAGGUGAGGAGCAUGCUCAGGAACAUCAUCAAGAUCCGGCUCGCUAACAAGGACACCAUGGGAUAUGGGAACGACUUGCUUGGAUUGAUGUUGGAGACGUGCGCGCCAGAGCAUGACGAAAGCCAGCAGUUGAGCAUGGACGAGAUCAUUGCCGAGUGCAAGACCUUCUUCUUCGGCGGGCAUGACACUACCUCGCACCUGCUCACUUGGACCAUGUUCUUGCUGAGCACACAUCCGGAGUGGAUGAGGAAGAUCAGGAAGGAGGUGACAACUAUGUGCGGUGACGAAGUGCCCACUGGUGACAUGCUCAACAAGAUGAACUUACUCAACAUGUUCCUUCUCGAGACUCUAAGGUUGUACAGCCCUGUCUCACUCAUAUCGAGGAGGACUGGCACCAAUGCCAAAUUCGGUGGCAUCAAGGUGCCUGAGGGCACCAUCCUAAGGAUCCCAAUCGCAACAAUCCAUCGUGACAAGGAAGUGUGGGGUGAGGACGCCGACGAGUUCAAGCCGGCGAGGUUCGAGAAUGGAGUGUCCAAGGCAGCGAAGCACCCCAACGCACUACUCUCCUUCUCUAACGGGCCGAGGUCAUGCAUCGGGCAGAAUUUCGCCAUGAUUGAGGCCAAAGCCGUCAUCACCAUGAUCCUGCAGAGGUUCUCCUUCACGUUGUCCCCUAAGUACGUCCACACGCCAAUUAGUGUGAUCACGCUAAGGCCUAAGUACGGUCUUCCAAUGAUCCUUAGGAGCCUCAAGGUAAAAAGAGAUCUGUAAGAUCCAAGGAAUGUUUUACUUACACUGCUUUUUUAGCACCGCUUUGUUGUACACGAGUUGCUUCCUGAUAAUGUUAUCGUGUAAUGUAUUGAUAUAUAUAUUUCAGUUAUACAAAAUUGGGAUGUAAAUUUCUCUAGUUUGCUUGUUGAUUGGAUAUAAGAAGUUUCUGUAUUUCUAGCAUAUCAA